AAAACAGUGUACUAAAAAAAAAAAUACAGUUAAAAUAGAAAGAUUGCAAAAUAAUAUAAAAAAUACACAAAAAGGCGAAAACCCCAAAGUGAACAACUCGAACACAGCACAGCUCGUUCUUUAGAGAACCGAGCCAGAAGAGUCGGAUCCCAGAAAAGAUCCGGAAAGCCCAUCCUGCUGCUCUCCCGGGGGGACAGCGGAACCGAGACACCGACGUGUGAUUCCUCUUUGUACUCAACAGGAAGAGUUGUGGCCGGCUCUGCCUCCCCCCCUUUUUUUUUUUUAAAGAAGCAGCGAGUCUGAAUGCUUUAAAUGUCCCGAUAAGCCGGUUACCCGUCCACUUGAACCGCAGCAGUCGGUCUCUCUUGUUUUGUGGAAGCGGACAUCCCAUGUCAGUGUCCUUUUGAGCCAUUUUGGACAACAAAAGGUCCGGCGACGGUUAUUUUCUUGUUUUCUUAUCGGGAGGGAUUUAAAGUCACACACAGCAGUUUAUUUAAACAACUCGUCGCUCUCUCUAGCCCCCAUUUUUUUUUAAACUCUUCCACACCUCCAGACAGGAGGGGGAUCCAUUUUUUAAUCAUCCCCAAACCUAGCGACAAUGGCAGCUGUAACGAGCCCGGAGACGAGCCCUCAACCUCGGGUAUAUUUCCAGACGCCGGCCGGCACAACGGAGGAACCGGAGACCCCAGUUCGGAAGCAGGGACGGGUUACGGUCAAAUACGACCGUAAGGAGCUGAGGAAAAGACUGAACCUGGAGGAGUGGAUCAUCGACCAGCUAACGGACCUCUACGACUGCGAGGAGGAGGCCAUCCCAGAGCUGGAAAUCGAUGUGGAUGAACUGCUGGACAUGCCCAGUGACGUUGAGCGAGCAGCCAGGGUCAAGGACUUACUGGUUGACUGUUUUAAACCUACUGAGGACUUCAUCUCAGAGCUGCUUGACAAGAUCAGAGGAAUGCAGAAGCUCUCUACGCCUCAGAAGAAAUGAUGGCAUUCCUCCUUUUCCCCCACAUAUUCCCGUUCUCUCCAGCCCUCGUGUCUUGUCUUCCUUCCAAGCCUCACGUUUUUAAUUUAAUGUCUUCUUCUAUUGAAGGUCAUGAAAUGUUACAGCUUAUCCUUGUUUCUGCCUAUAGUUAGACCACCUGGAUUUACCCCCAGUUGUGUUGGUCACUUUUCUUCUUUUUCGUUGUACCUUGAUGGAUUUGGACUUCUUUCAUCAGCAGAAAUUAAUCUUUUGCAAGGCAACUUGUUAUCCAGACACUCUCCUUCCCUAUUGUUUUCAAUAGUCUCUUCCUAAUCUUUCUCUCUUUCCUCCCACUUUCCCAUCUGUCUGAGGAAGACCUGAGUCCCAUAAUUACUGUAAAAGUGGAGUGGCUUAAAGUGGGAAGAAGAACAUGUAAAAUACAAGCCCACCGCCACAGGAAAUGGAGUGAAAACUGAGGAUGAAGAGGGAUGUAGAUUUAACAAAUACUUCAGCCUCCACCAGCGAGAUUAUGUGAAUUUUUUUAACUGUUUAUAAUUGUCCUGGCCACCAUUUAGGGAUUUGUUUUCCUUUCCCAGUUCUGUUUGAGGGCGUAGAGAUCAUCACUUUACUUUAACUGUUUUUUAAUCAUGUUGUUGGACUUGUAUUUUUUGCCAACUAAACACAGACAUUGCUGCAGUGCUGCGUUAAGACUUUUUUGGAGUCUCUUAAAGGGCGUAAAUCAUCAUUUUUGCAACUUCUUCUGUGUUCAGGCUCUUGGCUCACAAUAGUUGCAUUCAUUUCAUGUCUAAAAUUGUAAAAUAGGUUAAAAAAAAAAAGAAAAAGGUGACAGGAAAAAACAGCAAAUACAAAGCAGCCUAACGUUGCUGAAGAGCGAUGACGUACUUCUGGACCGCCAGACCUGGGCAUUAGACCAUAACACCAUUAAUACCCAAGACAAAAGCAAGGGUGCCCAAGUCUAAAGGCUUGACUUUGGGUUCAUAAAGUGAGACUUUAUCUGGAUAUUUUUCCAGCCAGGAGGAUGAAAUCAAGAGAAAUGUCUGAGAGCUGUUCCUUGGAGAUCUAACAAACCAGCAAACUUUGGAUAGGUUUAAAAGCUCUAUUAAGAAUUAUUCCUGUAAUUCACCACAGUGGAGAAUGGCUAUCAUUUAAAACACCAACUGCUGUAUCACCUGAAUUCUUUAUAACACAGAGCCAUGCAGUGAUUGUACAAGUCUUAGCUUCCUCCUCCCAGUCAGUGUUUUGCAAAUAAGGGUUUAGGUGGACUACAUCAGUGUAGCUGUCAAAAAGUUAUUCAUAUUACACUUACUGUCUCAUCAUUUAAAAUCUAUAAGUCCGUCUACAGUUCGCUUUCUUCUAACAAAAUGUUAUUUGGCCCUUAAAAAAACCCCAGUUUAUGUGAAACAUGUUGUUGCUGGAAGGGAAGUUGAGAAACUCAGACGACAUCUGCAGUCCAACCUUCUCCAUCAUUUGACCCAGUGCUAAAGAAAUAAAUGUUACUGCUAAUUACUGAUAAAUGAAUCCAUUUUCUUACCUGAUCAACUUUAUGCUUACAAACAACAGUCAUCUUGGUCUGGCUGUUGACUCCCCGCUGGAGUCAUUCGUCUUAGCCAUUGAAUAAACUGUCUUGUCUCCACAUCCCUUCAGCUUUGGGUUGUUUCAUAAACCUUGAGCAAAAAGGUCUGAAAAGGUCUCCUCCUUACCUGUGUUUGCAGGUAAGGGGCAAAAAUGAUCACUGUGCCCUUUUUCUGUGUUACCAGUAAGUGACCACACAUCCAUUCGACACAUAAUCCUCAAAUAGGGUUUUUUUUUUUUUUGUCAAGAAAACUAUUUGUUCUGUGAUCACCAUGAGAGAUCGUCAUCCAUAUAUCGUGCUGCCUUCCUGAUUCAGUAGGCGUGACUCAAAAUCGUCUUUUUGUUUAAAGAAAUGCGCAUUUUAGAAUUCCGUAUCCACUUUUAAAAAACAAUGGAAAGACUGACAUUUAGUGUCAUACUUUUUUGUGGGUAUUCUGGGGCUAAAAUAUGAUAUAUGCCCUUUUGAAUAAAAUCUGCACUGUCAUUUUUCGGGGGAAGAAAAUCUGAACCUCUGACCACAAAGCGUCGUGUAAAUCUAUCUUUAGAACAGCGAAGAGGAAACUUUGAUGCCUGGAAAUAGUGAUUGAACCUUUAGAAAGACUCACUGGUUAGUCCUUUGGCUGUAAGGCCAGUUUUAGACCUUCAUUGAUUUUUUUUUUUUAUUUGAAGCUAGACCAGAAGUGGAUUUUUUUCAAUUUUAUUUUAGGCUGAAUGUGAAUUUUCGUUCCUCAAUCCAGCCUGCACAUACACAUGUAUGUCUGUGUCUCUAUUAGUGUGUGUUGCUACAUAAUGUACAGCAACAUCUGUCAUAGUAUGGAGUGCUUUUGAGCCUGUAUAUUCUGCUGUUAUGUAGGGCAGAUUUGUCUGGUUUUAUUUUGGUAUGGGACUGGUUCCUGUUUUGAUUUCUUCUUGUCAUUCACACACUGACAGUCAUAAAAGGGAACCCUGUAAAAAGCUGCCUUUUUUAAAAUCACACCACCCUAACCUGACAUCUCUUCCUCUGUUAUUUGCUUCACAUUUUUCUGAACAAAGCAGUCGUUCCCCCAGGCUCCCUCCUCAGCCUGUCAUGUGAGUGGUCUCAUCGAUAAGAUGUCCAGAAAUAGGAGGGAGUACAUGUUUUUUCUUUUUGUUUGUUUUGAAACUGAAACAUCUUUAAUCUGUUUAGCCUUUUUUUCUCUUCUCACUCCACGCACCUGCCUCUCAGACCUGACAUGCGUCCACAGCUGCAGCCUCAUGUCCUCCCUCUCCGAAUCGCACCUGCCAAUCAUCUAAAAGAAUAAGCCAUCUGUUUCUGAUCACCGACCAAUCAGAUCAGAGACCGACACCCGCCGGCCAACAGCAGCACUAACAUGUGUUGCAAUUUGUCUGCACCUGGUGUUACAGGCCUUUUACUGUCUGCCUUUCUCUCUCAACUAUGGCCCAUCUUUAGACUGCUGCUUUCUCAUUUCUGUCCUUCCUCCAUUCCUUCCAUCUUUUCACAUUUUUCCUUCCCUUACUCCAUUAUCUUUUGGGGUUUUUUUAAACAGAUGUUGCCUUAGGUAUAAUUUAUGUUACACAAACCAAAAAAAAAAAAAAGACAGGAGUACUUCAGCUUUUUUGUUACCGAGCAGAUCUACACUGCCUUCCAAAAGUAUAAAUACUGCCAGAACAUUUUCACAUUUUAACACUUCACAGCCACAACCUUAACUGUAUUACAAAGUGAUUUCAUGUAAUAGAUCAACACAAACUAUUGCAUGAUUAUAAACUGCAAGGGAAAGCCUGAUUUACUAAUGUUUUUGAAAAUAAAAUUUGCUUUGUAGAACUACUUCUUAGUUACAGUCUUCUGGGGUAUGUUCCUACCAUGUCUAGAGAUUAAAGCUUUUGCCAAUUCUUUGCAAAACAUCUCAAGCUGAGUCGGAUUGGAUAGAGAGAAUCUGUAAGCAUCCAUGUUCAAGCCUGUAGAGUUCAGGUUGAUGUCCCACUCACGUUUUCCCAUCUAAAAAGUUCAAUUGUGGUCUCAGCACCUUCUUCCACGUUUGCCUCACCUACACGGGUUGUUUCAAACUGGACUUCUUAUGGCUGUCUUCAUGCCACUUCUCAAUGAAAGACAGAUUUGUGGAGUGCACAAUAGUUGUCCACCUGAGCUCUGAGUCUCUGCAGCUCCUCCAGGGUUUCCUUUGCUCCAUCUCUAAUUAUUGCUCUCCUUGCACGGUCUGUUAAUUUAGGUGGACGGCCAUGUCUUGGUAGGUUUCCAGUUGUGCCAUACGCUCAGCUGAUCGUUUGAACCGAGCUCUGUGAGAUGUUCUAAGGGUGGGAUUUUUUUGGGGGGUAUUGGAGUGAUGGGGGCUCAAUACAGAUGCAUCCCACACUUCUCAGAUUUUAUUUGUAAGUACCAUAAACAUAAUUUUCCUAACAAAGUCCUAAUAAAAUCCACGGAGGUUUGUGGCUGUUAAAUGAGUAAAUGUGAAACGUUAUAUGCGAGUGAAUACUUUUGCAAGACGCUCUGCUGUAUGUGGAGAAUCUCUGAUCUAUCGCUCCUUGUUUUGAAAUGUUUUCUUUUUUCUUAUUAGAAGUGAGUGUUUGAUACUUAGGCCUUAUAAAGCGCUUCUGUUUAGGUUAACAAUGUUAUUCUCACUGACCCGUGUAAGACUGGUCUGUUUUUAUCGUGAUCAUCACACCUCUUGAUGCCAAGCCUUGAAAUAACAGUUAAACAAAAAAAAAAAUCCAUUCAGACGCAUUUUUCUGGUGCGAUUGCUUUUGCCUUUAUCUGUGUGCGUUUUCCAGACUGCUCUCUGCGGUUUCUUUGAUCGGUCAGAUUGUUUUAGGCAACUUCAAUCAGUAGCGGAAUUUGAGUGGAUUUUUUUGUGUCUAAAUUCAGGUUUUGGAUUAUAUACAUAUAUAUAUUUCUUCUUAGACUGUUAUUGAUAAGUCUGUUUUUUUACUGUUGGGGAAAAUUGCACAAAGAAAAAAAAAGAUUUAAAAAAGCUACUGAAUAACAUUGAGGCUAAAAACAAGAGCUAAACCAUGCAGAAUGGAGUAAUGGUGGUGGUGUUUUGCUUCGUUUUUGUUUUUGACAAUGAUUAGACAAACACAUGUAGCAAUAUCAACAGCAGGUUUUGUUUUUGCCCGAUUUUGUUACACUUUUAUGCAACUUUAAUAAAAACAUUUGAAAUUGA